UGUGACGCAAGCGAGACGCAGCCGUGACGCGUGAGCGCGACCGCUCCCUCUGCGCUGGCUCUACCUCAGCUGCGCUCCAAGACAGCGGUUUCUUGCGAGGCCCAGGCCGCCCCCAGGCCUUCGCCGCCCGCCUCCCGGUGCCCACCAUGGACGACUACUCGCUUCUGUCUGACACCGAGCUGGCCGCGGUGCUGCGCCAGUACAACAUCCCGCACGGGCCUGUCGUGGGCUCUACGCGCAAGCUCUACGAGAAGAAGAUCUUCGAGUACGAGAGCCAACGGCGGAGGCUGUCGCCCCCGGACUCUUCCGCCUCCUCCUACAGGUUCUCAGACUUGGACUCGACAUCAUCGGGCUCAGACAUGUACGAUCUGCCCAAGAAGGAGGACGCCCUGCUUUACCAGAGCAAGGGCUACAACGAUGACUAUUACGAGAGUUACGUGAGCACCAGAACUUACGGGGAGCCAGAGGCCAAGGGCUUCCGCCAGCCAGCCAUGGCCCUCUCUGAUCCAGACACCUUCCAUCAGCAGGGCCGUCGCUGCUCCCCAGCACCUGAGGCAGCUCUCAUGCAGGUGCGUGAGGACAGCAUCUUCUCUGAAGAGGACAGCAGGGACAGCCACAGGGAGCACCCCGUCUAUGGCCGGGACAGCAGCUACCAGAGCAUUGCGCACUACCGCCCUGCCUCCAGUGUCUCCAGAAGCUCCCUGGGUCUGUCCUACUACCCAGCAUCUCUCACCUCAUCCUCCACUCAGCCUUCCUGGCUUACCCGCCGGGCUAUACGGCCUGAGAAGCCAGGUUCAGUGGCCGCGGCAGCAGCCCAGGAGCGCCAGGUCCCGCUCUGGGGCCAGCUGCUGCUCUUUCUAGUGUUUGCUGCCUUCCUGCUCUUUGUUUACUACUCUAUGCAGGCUGAGGAAGGCAGCCCCUUUUGGAUGGACCCCUGAUGGUCCUGCCGAGCCCAGCUGGCUGCUUUUGCAGCAUUCUGGGGGGCGGGGGGCAUCGCUUUGUGUUCUAGUGUGGGGUGCUGGGCUCGCCCAGGGCAGUGCCCACCCCAACUGCCCCUGUCCUCCUCGGGAGCCUCCUGGUCCUGCUCACCUCUGAGCCUUGGAACUGGGCUGAGACCUUGUCCUUCCAAGGAGAAUGUGGUUGUUCUGCAUGCCACCUCUUGUUCAUUGUUACUUGUCAUGAUCAAGCAAAGGGUAUCCUGACACUUUUCAUGGACACACAAUAAAAGACUGUUUAUUUUUA